GCAGCUCUGCAGAAGGACUCGGCCCCAGGGAGGAGGCGGCCUCCCCAUCGCGGUGCCGGCCACCCAUGGCAGCCGGGGGCUCGCUGGCCGCCGCGGGGCUGCUGUGGCUCUGCCUGGCCCCGGCAGCGCUGCUGAGGCUGCACCAGCCCCAGCCUGUCCUGGUCGUGGAGCCUGAGAAGCCGGUGGAGAUCAUCUGUGAGGCCGACGAGAACAUGGAGAGCAAAGCCAAGGUGUCCUGGUACCGGCACGGCAAGGACGGGCCCCGCCUGGUUGUGGCUUGCAAGAGCGAGACGAGCCAGGGGUUCUCCUGCAAGUUUGGGGGGCACAAAGUCACCCUGCACAUCCCCUGCGCCCGCCCCGACAACACCGGCCUCUACCUGUGUGCCUACCGCGGAGUCCGCAGACUGGAAUUCGGCAACGGCACCGCGCUGCUGGUGGGAGACAGCUGGAGGGAGCAGAGCUGGGUGCGGGUGCUGGCUCCCCAUGGGGACCCCCGGGCCCCCCCCAGCCUGGUCUGUGCCGUGGGUGCCACCCGCGGCCCCGUGCUCGUCUCCUGGCCGGGGGAGGCCGGGCGGGUGCUGGGGCUGGGGGGGCGCAUGGAGCUCCUCAUCAGCCCGGUGGGCACGACCCAGGGGGGCGGGGGGCUCUGCGAGGUGCGCUUCAAUGCCUCAGGCCCCGUCGUCCGCAGGAGCGUGGAGCUGCGCAAGGCUGAGGGCAGCUGCGUGACCCCCAGCUCCUGGGCCCUGGCCGGGGCCGUGGCGCUGCUGCUGCUCAGCGUCUGCCUCAGCAUCUGCCGCCUCUGCCGUCCCACGGAGCAUGGUAUGGGCAGGGGACUGUGCCACCAUGUCCCCCGCUGUCCCCCACUGUCCUGUCCAUCUCCCUCUGACCCCUCCAUCCCCAGUCCCCCUCCUUCCUUCAUCCCCGUUGAUCCCCUCUGUCCCCCCGAUCCCCUCUGAUCCCUUCUGUCCCCCCCAUCCCCAUGCUGGGGACACAUGUCCCUGCUCUG